AUGAAUACAGACAGUCCUGCAAAGGCGAGUCCUCAGAGCAGCGAAAAUGAAAACGACCUCUCCAACUACACCCUACCAACGCCGCCCCCCUCAACGCGGAUAUGGGGGGACUUGACUUGGUCCUUAGAGGUGGUCCAGCAACCCGUUCGGGCACGUAUGUGCGGUUUUGGUGACAAGGACCGUCGUCCCAUCUCACCACCACCAUGUAUCAGAUUGAUCAUCAGGGACCGGGAGACGGAGCAGGAGAUUGACUAUACUAAGAUUGCGGACAUUUCAAAGCUCAUCUUGCAUGUGGACCUCUGGAAUCUCGAGGGUACACGAGAAGACAACUGCGUCAAGCAUCCAUCACAGACAUCGCCAAACAUCUCCUCGGUUGUGAUAGCAUCCUAUCCGAUGGUGAGCACGACUCCCGCCCUUACCCACCAAGCCGCCUAUCCGAUGGCGAGCACGACUCACGGCCUUACCGACCAUGCCGGCUAUCCGAUGGCGAGCAUGACUCACGCCCUUACCAACCAAGCCGGCUAUCCGAUGGCGAGCACGACUCACGCCCUUGUCAAUCAACCCAUGCCUCGUUCUUCACAAGACGUGACCAGAGAGGGCUCGGUCGCCAGAAACCUGAUUGGAAGUGCGGCGGCUAAUGCCGUCAAACUGGAUUAUCAAGGGGAGCCUGGAAUCUGGUUCGUCCUGCAGGAUCUCAGUGUCAGAACUGAGGGUUGGUUUCGGUUGAAAUUCAGCCUCAUCAACCUGGCCGAAUUAAUCAUGAAUGACAGUGUCAACAAGGAGAUCGCCACAAACCGCCCGCUAUUCAAUGAAGCACCCUGUCUCGCUGCGUCCUUCAGCAAGCCGUUCAAAGUUUUUAGUGCCAAAAAAUUUCCGGGGGUAAUGGAGACCACCCAAUUGAGCCAGGCGUUCGCCGCUCAGGGAAUCAAGAUACCUAUCAGAAGGCCUGACGGCAAGAAGAGAAAAGCUGGUGGUGAAGGAGAUGAAGAUGGAGAUGGAGAGGACGAAAACGAAGACGACGAAUAG